CUUCGGGGCGAUGCUCGUCUCCUAGCCCGCAGCGUGAGGAGCCUGGGCAGUAACAGGGAUGAUGAUGAUUGAUGAUGAUGAUGAUGAUGAUGGUGGUGGUAACGGCGAGAGCGGCAGGAGGCGGGGUGACGCCGGCGGUCAGGGCGCCCCGCACUCGCACAAGACCGGCUUGCAGCCCCCCGCGGUCCCGCAGCCCAAUCCGCAUCUCUGCUCCGAGGAGCCGCCGCCCACGGCCGCCGGCACGGCGCGCGGCCUCCAGGAGCGAGAACAGAUGUACAGACGCGCACACGCACCCACUCCCACUCGGGGCGGCCCGCGGCCUUCCCGCCACGACCCUGCCGCGCCGCGGCUGGGGGUUCGGGCCCGCGCCCCCAGCACAGCGCAGCAGUUCGCCGGGGACUUCCCGCUGCCUUCGGCCCCGCCCUCCGAGCCCCGCCCAGCAGCCAAAGGGGAGAAAGGGGGGCGGAGGGCAGAGGCCCUUCACCCCACACCCCGGGGUUUGCUACGCGGCGGGCGGGGCAUGCGGAAGGGUCGGUAGCCGGCAGUCCCCACCUUCUACCCACCCCACCCCCAGGCUGUGACAGACCGUCCCCUCCAGCAGGCACCUAGCCAGGUCCUGGGACUCACCGGGUGACUGACCCCCAUCGCAGCGGACUUCGGGGCCUAGGCUCCCCCCGCAGGAGGGGAAUCAGGCAAGCCGCCACCAAGCUUGUGAAGACUUUUCCAGAUGGAGUGGGCAGAUGAGAAUAAUGUGUUGCAAUGGCCAUGAAGGCAGCUGAAGCAGGUGCUGUGGAGCAUUUAGAACUUGGUCAGACAGUAAAGACACCAAGGAAGACACUGCGUCCCAGGCCAUUGCCAGACAUCUUGACUUUUGUCCUGCCGUUGGAC